AUGGACCACCGCGCGCUCGGUUUUGCCCAUGAACGCCUGGUUUUCGCUCGAGGAAAUCCACCGCGUUCUCUACCACGCGCUCUACCAGAAAACCGCGGAGAAGGACGACGUCUACCACGGCGCGCUGCCGCGCCCCCCGCGGGAGAAGCUGCUCAACGGCGGCGUGUUUCUCGCGGGAAUGAUCCUGCUGCUGUGCCUGCCGCUGCUUCUGUUCUCGUCGUCGUCGCCGAUGCUCGUCGAGAAUCCGGUGCGUUCCACCGGCCUCGUCGUCGAUUUGGUCAACCGCGAACAGACCUUCCGGCUCGUCGAAUUCGCCGACAUUCUCUCCGUCCGCUUCGCCUCCCGCGGGGAAUUCGCCGAGUGGUCCGCGAUGUUCACCACGGUGGUGGAGGGAAGGAACCAAUCGGUGCUGAGCGACGCCUGGGCGAAAUCGGCCCAAAUUCUGGAAUUCCCGGAGUGGAUGCCGAGUGGGUGGGAAAUCACGGAGCCCGCCAAAACGAAGCUGCGCGAGCAGUUGUCGCGGGACUGCGACGGUUUCAGCGUGGUGGUGUCGAUGGAGUUGUCGCGGGAAAAUCCGGCAGACACGAAGACAACCGCGGCAAAAUGGGAGGCGAAGUUAUCGCGGGAACAGUGCGAAUAUCCGAAUGGAGGGAAAAAAUGGCGGGAGUUUCCUUCACGAAACGGCCUUUUUAGAUGCGAUCCCCGCGGAUGUCGUCAGCCAAUCGAAUUCGACGAAUUCGACGAAUGCAAUGAGCCAAUCAAUGAGUCAAUCAAUGAGUCAAAAUGGUCAAAAUGGUCAAAAUGGUCAAAAUGGUCAAACGUGGAAACGCACCCAUUACAUCGAAAUUCCCCAUUUAUUCCCGCGGUUAUUCUAUCUCUCCAAUUCCCGCGAGAUUCGGUUCGUCGACAAGGAAGAACCGCGGUUCGACUCGCUCUUCGUACAUCGAAUUCGAUCGAAUUCAUCGUAGUUGUCCACGACCCGCGAUUCUUCCGCGAUGAUGUGGGGCGUUUCGUCACGGCGGAACACUUCGGAAUUCGGCCAUGUGCAGAUCCGCGCGGUGAACGAUCCCGUUUUGAACUGUAGGAUUGGAGAGAGGGCUCGAGGGAAGCGUUCGUGGCCGCAGAAUUCAGCAUGAUCGGGUUUUUAGACUCGACGAACGUCGGAAUCGUGGGAUUGUAUAUGGCGAUCAUGAUUACCGUGGGGGGUGUGGUUCGACAGUUCCUAUUGCCGAAAGUGGGUGAGUUGAUAUACACAAAUAUACCUGAUCCGACCCUCCUGUUGAAUCUGGUCCAUAGUGAAUAUAUGUCUCGGUACAGCAAUUACAAGGGACAUUUCAAGGAUGAAAAGAAGGUCUACGAGUUGCUGAUUCGUGUGUUCCGAUCGCCAGAGCUGAUCGUGAAAUUGACAGAAAUGCAUCCGGGAUCGAGAAGUGUACGAAAGAUAUUGAAUCGUGAAGAAGAAGUAGAAU